AUGCAGCCCGUUAUAGCGACUUGCGGCGCGCGAUUGCGAUCGCCGCGACUGUUUGGAUCGGCUGCCUGGAACGUGCGCGGUAGGCUGCAGAGCCAGAACCAGAGCCCAUACCAGGCCCGACAUGCCUCGGACAGCUCUGGCCGUCGGCCGCUGCGCAUGGCCGUGAUCGGCUCGGGUCCCGCCGGCUUCUACACGACCUACCGCGUCAUGGCCAAGACAGCCGCCCGUGUCGACAUGUACGAGGCGCUGCCCGUGCCGUUUGGCCUCGUGCGCUUCGGCGUGGCGCCGGACCACCCGGAGGUCAAGAACUGCCAGGACAAGUUUGAGGGGGUGGCCCAGUCGCCCGAUUUCCGGUUUCUGGGCAACGUGGCCGUGGGCGACGGGUCUGCCGCGACCAACAGCAUCAGCAGCCACAACCCCGACGGCGGCCAUGUACCACUCGCAACCCUCGCCCGCCACUACGAUGCCAUCGUCUUUGCCUACGGCGCCUCGCGCGACCGCAAGCUCGGCGUGCCCGGCGAGGACCUGCGCGGCGUGUACGCGGCGCGUGACUUUGUGGGCUGGUACAACGGGCUGCCGAGCGGCUCGGACGCUCUGGGCAGCAGCAUCGUGGCCGACCUGGUGCGUGCCGACACGGACACAGCAGUGGUCGUUGGCCAGGGCAACGUGGCGCUGGACGUGGCCCGGAUGCUGCUGGAGCACGUCGACGUGCUGCGCACGACGGACAUGAGCGAGGCGGCGCUCGAGGCGCUGGCUCGCAGCCGCAUCAAGCGUGUGCACGUGGUCGGACGCCGCGGCCCCAUGCAGGCGGCGUUUACGAUCAAGGAGGUGCGCGAGCUCAUGAAGCUGCCCGGCGUGGGGCUGCACCCCUGGGAUACCUCGACGCUGCUGCCGCCCAAGCUCACGGACCUGCCGCGAGCCCAGCGCAGGCUGAUGGAGGUCGUGGCCAAGGGCGCAGCCACGCCGCUGGACCAGGCCAAUAAGUCGUGGUCGCUCGACUUCUGCAUGGCACCGAAGCACUUUGCCGCCGCCAAGGGGAGCGAGCAAGGCCGCGUGGCGACGGCAGCAUUUGAAAAGACACACCUGGCAGCACCCUUUGAUGCCAAUGCCCAGCCGGAACACACGGGCGAGCUUGUGAACGUGCCGACCCAGCUCGUCUUCCGGUCCAUUGGCUAUCGGUCGCAGCCGCUGGCCGGGUUUGAGGACCUGGGCAUUCCCUUUGACGAGCGGCGCGGCAUGAUUCUGAACGACGGCCUCGGGCGCGUGCUGCGUGACGUGCGCUCACAGGACGCCAGCAUGACGACGGAGCCGUACCCGGGCUUCUACUGCGCAGGAUGGGUGAAACGUGGGCCGACCGGUGUUAUCGCAUCGACCAUGGACGAUGCUUUCACGACGGCGGACGCCAUCGUCAAGGACUGGGAGGCACGGGCGCCGUUCCUUGCUGGCGGCGUGGAGGGCGGCGGCUGGGACGGAGUCAAAGCCGAGGCCGACACGACAGGGGCCAAGGUCGUGUCCUGGGCCGACUGGCAGAAGAUUGACCAGGUCGAGCUGGGCAGGGGCAAGGAGCUGGGCAAGCCACGCAGCAAGCUCACACAGACUGCCGACAUGCUGGCCGUGCUGGGUUGA